AAUCCCCCUCCACCUCUCUCCCUCUCUCUCUCUCUGUCUCUCUCAUGGCAUUUCGGUGCUCUCUCAAGUCCCUCGUGGUCCUCGUCCUCCUCUCAGCAAUCCCUCUCUCCCUUAUCAUAGCCCUCGAGAGAACCAAAUCCGCUACACACGCCUACGAGUACCACAGCAACGGAUGGCUCCGAGAGUGCGCCAAAUGGGACGAUCAGGGCCGUCGGUUCCUCGUGUCCCUCAUGGAGGGUGGCGUGAGCCAGCUAACGGUGCCGGACGAUCAACUCCCAGGGGCAGUUUUGGAAGAAGAGUUGGUGGUCAGAGAUGCUGACGUGGCCGGCAACGGGUCCCUCGGGAUUCGGGUCGACAGGUCCAGGAGCCGGCUCCUCGUCGUUCACGCGGACAUUAUCGGGAACCGCUACGGUGCUCUUGCGGCGUACGAUUUGCGAAACUGGAACCGGUUAUUUCUGACUCAGCUCAGUGGCCCAGGAGAUGAGAAAUCCUUGGCGGAUGACGUGGCCGUUGAUGACGUUGGCAAUGCAUACAUCACAGAUGCCGCAUCUAAUAAGAUAUGGAAGGUUGGGAUGAACGGUGAGAUCCUAUCCAUCAUAAGAAGUCCAAUCUUCAAACAAAGGAAGGAAUGGUAUUACAACUUGGUUGGAUUGAAUGGGAUUGUGUACCAUCCAAACGGUUUUUUACUUGUCGUCCAUACUGCAAGUGGCUAUCUCUUUAAGAUUGAUGUGGUGAAAGAAGAGAUAUCAACGGUUGAGAUUGUCAAAGGGUCCCUAUCUAUGGGAGAUGGCCUAGAUCUCUUAUCGCCGACACAGAUCGUGGUUGCUGGGACUCCUUCUGGUAGGUUGGUCGAGAGUCUGGACGGUUGGGAUACGGCUAAAGUUGUAGGAAGGUAUGUGGGGCCCAUGCAUAGGCUGGCCACGUCAGCAACGUUGAAGGAUGGGAGGGUGUAUCUGAACCAUAUGUUUGGUGGGGGCAUACCUAAGAGGAAGCAUAUCAUUACUGAGGCAGUGUUCCGAACCUUGGGUUGAGGUGCAAGGGAGGGGGGCUUUGUGAUGUGCGGUUGGAUUGGAUGGUGUGUGGGGCCCGUGCAAUAGGACGUGGACAUGUGUCGUUUGGUGAUUGGUUGGGCUUUUGUUGGGAUACUGUAGGCUUUCAUUGGCCAUUGGCUGAUAUCAAUUUAUGAUUUUGAUUUGGA